GAAUUACAAGAAAGAAUAAGAUUAAUGAAUAUGGAACUAAUUACUAAAAGAGAACACACUAAGAAGAUUAUAAAAGAUAUUAAAGAUCAUUUGAAAGAUAAAGAGACUGUUUCUAUUCUUGCUAGUAGUGGAUUCGACAUAGACAGCUUCACUCAUGACCACUUGCACUGUCCCUCCUGUGGCAAGUACUAUGAUGAUCCUAGGACACUACCUUGUCUGGACAGCUAUUGUAGAGAAUGUCUUGAAAAGGAGGCGAGGAAACAGAGAGAGGAAAAGGAGAGAGAGCGGGAGAGGGAAGCAAGAGAAAGGGAGGAAAGUGGGCAGACAGAGGAGGAGCCGCAUGAUUUGGAUGAAAGUUACUUAGAAACUCUCCGUAACUCUUACAACCUCACUCCUGUUUCCACCAAAGGAUCAACUAAUGAAUACUCUGAGCCUUUGAGCAACACCUUUGACUGUCCUCAAGGCUGUCAGUGUCCCACUGGAAUAAGUUUUGAUAGAGAUGGUGACAUUGAUCCCAUCCCACCUUCAAAUAAAUUCCUUGGCAACAUGGUAAAGGACGUACAACUCAAGAAUAAAGUACCAGCUGGUAAGGUUCUCUGUGGGGUUUGUGAUGGAAACGUUGCAGUUGCUGUUUGUAACAAUUAUGAAUGUGCUAACCUUCCACUCUGCUCUGAUUGUUUAAGGUAUCAUAAGAAAACAACAAAAACAAAAAGGCAUAAUAUAAUAUAUCCUGAGACAAUAGGAGCAAAGGGAAAUAGCAAUGGAAGCGGAGAUGGAGGGGAAGGAAGCCUGCCACCAUCAUGGAAAGAUUUUGAACGCCACAGCUGGUUAUGUGAUUUUCAUCCUACUCAUCCUGUCGAUCGUUAUUGCUAUGAACAUAAACAGGUGAUAUGCCUUGAAUGUGCAGAUCUUAGUGAUGAUAAUAAAGGCCAUCGUAACUGUCCAAGAGUGAAACUAAUUAGAGAUGUUGUAGAUGAAGAAAGAACAGCUGUUGCUGAAGCACUUGGUGAAAUUAAAGGUGUACAAGCAAGAAUUAUAAAAGCAAUAAAUGAAAUUGAAAUCAUGAAAAAAUCCCUUACCAGCAAUAAAAACUGGACAAUAUCUACAAUUAAUGAACAUUGUGAGGAACUCAUUGCAGAUGUAGAGAGUCAAAGAGAAAGUCUUAUAAAUCAAACGAAGCAUUUACAUGAUAAAAUAAUGGCAUAUCUCGUGGAGCACCAGGAUGUUCUUAAGCGUAUCUCAGAUAUACUUCAAAGGAGCAUUGAUUUCAUUGGAGGGUCUGUGAACAUGGCAAUACCAACAGAGUUCAUGUUCCUUAGGGAGAGCUUUCAUGAGCGUUUGAAUUAUCUCAAGGAACGCUACAAGAACUCUCACAUGCUGCCUUCAGACGUAAAUGAUAGAAUACACCUCAAGUUGAAUGAUGGUAUUGGUGCGGACGGUGCUCUUGGGUAUGUCUUUGGAGCACCAUUUAUUGAAAACUACACUGUGGAGUCUUUCCCAAAUCCAGUCUAUGCUCAAAAGUCUUAUUCAUUUAAGAUUCAGAGUCGUGAUAUAUGUGGGACAAAAGUUGCUGGUAAUUUGCCAAUGCUUGAGGCAACUAUCUGUUCUGUUGAAAGCCUGGAUCCGAUCCAAUGCUUUGUCAAACUCAAUGAUGAGGAAGGAGUUUAUACGGUUUAUUUUUAUCCGUUGAGAGCUGGUAGACAUAAAGUUAAUGUGUAUUGUCCUCAAACCCAACCUCUUUUUGUUAAAGGAUGCCCAUUUUAUAUUGAUGUAAGGCGUUGACUCUGAUUUUACUGCAUAAACUUACAUGUAAGUACUCAGUGUAUUGUGUACCUUCUGUCCUAAUAAUAUCUAUACGCAUAUGUAUAUCUAUGCUGUUACAAGUAUUUAGAUGUUUACUUUGUGUGAGAGGAUGUUGACUGUAAAAUUUUAUUUACAUUAUACUUUUGUUAGUUUUAUUUAUCUUAUUAUAUCUGCAUGAAAGUUACUAGAUUCUCUUUUAAAUGUGUUUCUUUUGUAGUUAUUGUGAUUUCAUGUUUAUAAAAUAAAUAUUAUUAAGAAUUUCAUGU